GGCUUUUCCAUUCGCUCUUCUCUAUCUCUCAUAGGGUUGUUUGCUCCCUCUCAAGUUGUUCGAAUCUAGGCCUGUGUUCUGCUUGCAAUGGAUAGUCGGAAGAGAGUCGGGCCUGAAGCUGCCUUAAACGCAAAUAGCGGUGCCAAGAAAUUGAAGCAAGCAAUGGAGUCUUCAUCAACUGGUAUGGGAAGCAAAAUGAAGCCGUUUACAAAAUUUGUCAGCAUUGCUGAUUUCGAGAUGAGAAAUCUGGGACCAAAUCAAGCUGCAAUGUAUGUGGCAUCCCCACCAACCAUCCCGGAUGGCUCUGACCAACCUGCUCUUAAAACCCGUCUGUGCAGCGAUUAUUAUACUACUAGAGGCUGCGAACUUGGAGACUUCUGCCAUUUUGCCCAUGGCAUUUGUGAAUUUGGAAAGCCUUUUUCUCUAACCUUUGAUGAGGAUUUCCGUGACCUGGAUUCAGGCCGUUUUGAUGGUUGGCGGAGGCUACCUUACUCACGUCCUCCCUUGAGCAUUAAGGAAGACCCACUUGCUGCUAAAUUUAGUGUAGAUGCUUCCCUUGCUGGAGCCAUCAUUGAUGAUUUGAAAAAUAUGCUGUGUCGUUUAGAUGUUAAACUAUUCAUCGGAGAGCACGAGUCAAAACCUAAUCUCAAGAACAUUGAGCUUCAGGGCCAGUUUCAUUCGCUCAAGAUAGCGAGCUCUUUGGUAAUAGAGCAGGUUGAACGUAUUCGUGGUACAAAAUGAAACUGUGAGGGCUCUACAACUCAUGGAAAGCCUUUGAAGAGACUUGGAGUGUAGACAUUAUGGAAUUUUAUGUUGAGUUAUCAUUUUCUAUUCAGACUUAUGCACUUGUUGGAAGAAUAUAAGUUGGAUAAUUUGUGGUUUGGAAGAAUUUACUUUGAAUAUUUUAAAUUUUGUGUUGAACUA